GUCCGUUGCCGUGGUUACCAUAGCUGUCGUACCUCGCAGUAACCGUCUGUUGGGCCUGCAGGAGCGACCGGGAACCUACCGUGCGAGCAGAUUUUGAUGCUCUGAGAAGUGUGUGAAAAUGGGGGAUAUUUUGGCGUAUGAAGCAGAUAUACUUGGUUUAGUGAAAGAGUUCUUAAACUUCGGUGAGUUCCAGGAGACACUGAAAAGUUUUUCAAACGAGUGUAAAUCGAAAGGGAAACCUCUACCUAGAAGCUCUGGAUCUGCCGUAAGGGACUCAAAGACUUUGCUCGUACAGAAGGAUCUCCUUGCCACGUUUGAAGAUGGAGAUAGGAAAAGCUUCUUUGAGCUUUGGGAGGAGCACAUCCCUGCUGAGACGCGGAAUAAUGAACCUCUUUCUCAGAAACUGGAGUUUUACCUGCACAUUCACUUUGCCAUCUUUCCCUUGAAACACAGUGUUGGACAAAUUGAUCGGGCUGACUGUGAAGCUAGAAUCUCUUAUUUCAAAAUGUACUUAGAAACCAGUGGUGCAGCUCUUAGUCAGACCACAGAAUUUCUCCCUUUCUAUGCCUUGCCGUUCGUCCCUAAUCCAGCUGCUCAUCCGUCAUUUAAAGAGAUUUUCCAGGAAUCAUGGGAACCAGAACUGAAAAUGAGGCUGGAGAAGUUUCUUGCUCUGUCACUGAAAGCAGCUUCCACCCCUCGACUUGUAGCAUUAUAUAGAGACAGUACUCAAAACAGCCGAGAGUCACAGCAGCUAUUGCAGCAGCAAUUAAUGGAGUCUGAGCGAAGGGCAAUCACCUAUAUGAAACGCUUCAACAAGAUGCAAGCUGACUACCACAAUCUAAUCGGUGUUACAGCUGAACUGGUGGACUCUCUAGAGGCUACAGUAAAUGGAAAGCUGAUCACUCCAGAAUACCUUCAAAAUGUCUGUAUGAGACUAUUCAAUAGCCAGUUGCGACAGAGUGCAGCUCAGAGCAUUGAUUUCACCCGGCCUGGAACUGGAUGCCACAGUGUAAGCCCGUGCAAUGCAGAAAAUGCUUCUUCUAUGCUGAGAGCGUCAAUCGCCCCCACGAAGCUGCUAGAAGUACCUUUAUUGCCUUCUUUGGAUUAUGAAAAGCUAAAAAAGGACCUGUUAUUUGGUAAUGAUCGUCGUAAAGCACUGCUCCUACAAGCCUUGCGUUGGCGUCUUACUCGCUCACAGUCUGGAGAGCAAAGGGACACCAUUCUCCAGGCAUACAUUAGCAAUGACCUGCUGGACUGCAGUCACAAUGAACAGAGAAAUGUCCUGAAACUUCUGAGCUCCAGCAAUGAGGUGGUCAGACAGUACACAGCUCGUCUGAUAAAUGCGUUUGCAUCCUUAACCAAUGGGCGGAUUUACCUCUCCCAGAAUCCUCGUCUUCUGCACACUUUAGAAGACUCCCUUAAAUCUGAAGAGAAAGAUUCUGCUACAAGAGAAAAUGUUCUGGGCACUCUUCAGAAACUUAGCCUCAGAAGCUGUAUGCAAUCUGCCAUGAUCCAGGAUGGCCUCAUCUAUUGGCUGGUUCAAGAGUUAGAAGAUAUAGACUCCCUCUCCGACUACACUGUGGAGUAUGCAGUAGCACUGCUCAUGAAUCUUUGCCUUCGAAAUGCAGGAAAGAGAAUGUGUGCUAAGGCUCCAGGUCUUGUGCUGAGAGUCCUUUCUGACUUGCUUGGCCAUGAGAACCAUGAGAUCCGCUCCUAUGUUAAUGGAGCUCUCUAUAGCGUCCUUUCGGUGCCUUCCAUACGUGAAGAGGCCAGAGCCAUGGGAAUGCAGGAAGUUUUGAAAUGCUAUAUCAAAGAAGGAAAUUCAUAUAUGAAUCGCCAGUUUGAGUUUAUCAUACGACAACUCAAUUCAGAAGAAAAGUUUGAUGAUAAGGAAGAUGAUGAUGAAUUAGAAGAUGAAGAAGAUGGGGAUGAUGUCCUGGAAGCUGAUCUGGACAAGGAUGAAGUGAUCGUUUCUCAAGCUGGAGAGCUUUCUGGAGAAAAGCUUCUGACUACAGAAUACCUGGCAAUAUUGACUCAUACACUAAAGGUAAAGAAGAAGAUGUUCCCUGCAGUUUUGCAAAGUGUUGAUGAACCCUUACAGAGACCUGUAACACCCAGCAGUCACAGAACUGUGCAUACAAUGUCAGAAAAUGUAAUUUUACCUUUAAUUCCUUCAAGUUCCUUCAGAAUUAGUAAAAAUUCUUCUGGUUCCAGCCCAAGACCUCCAACCCGCAGCGGCAGUCGACCUAGCAGCUCUGAUUACUGUGUCUCAUCAUCCUCUGUUGAAUCAGAAUCAUCUCAGCUCUUCUCACCAACAAGUCGGUCAGACCAGCGUGGGACAAUGUCCCCAUCUUCACCUCGCAUCUUGGACUUAGGCUUGGAGAAGAGUAAUGGACAUGCCAGCAGCAGAACCUGGCAAGCACGCAGCCCAGAGGUACACAGUAACAGCCCUCGAAAAGCCAAGACCCCUACCAUUGCUCCACAGUUUUCUCAGUCUGGCCCGCAGCAAACCAGUCGUCCUACCUCAGCCGGAUCUUCCACUCGUAGCAGACAAAGCAGCCAGUCCUUUAGAAAAUGAGGACAGGUCAUCUCCCUAGGAUCAGCAGCCUGGAAGGCUCCCUGUAAGCACACCCUCUGUGUCCGAUGCACUGGCUAAAACAGCAGAGUGAUCCAGUUGGAUCUUUAACCUAAUCAAGCUCACCUAGAAUAUACCCUGACCUGUCUGCCUCUCGUUGGACCAAAAUCUAUGCCAGCACAAUAAAGACUGGAAAAUUAGUAUAUGCACUAAAAUGAAACAUUUCAGUUAUCUGUUGUGCAGGUUUUUCUGAUCAUCUUGGUUGGUGGAGACAAUUUUAAAUUAUGAAUAUAAAUUUAAACAUUUUGCAACUCAUACAUCAUGAUUUUUGGAUCAUUUUACAGAAAUAGCACAAUCAUGAUAGAUAUUUUCAGUGGAUUCAUAAUCACUUUCCAGUAAAUCCUCUUAUAUAAUUUAUUUAUAAAACAAAAGCCCGACAAUAAUCUUGUUGUUCCAUUCACCUGCUAUGUGGGGGUCAUGCUACCAUUCUUCAUAACUCCUCUUUCCUUUAAUCAGUAUAAGUGUGCCUCUGCACCUCCCGAGCGUUCCUCCUUUACAUAACUUCUAAUGCUAAUCUGAUCUCUUAAUAUAUUGUAUGGAUCUGUUCACUACCGUUCCUGUUGAUGCACACUCUCUCUCUACAAAUAAUUCCUUUUGUUAUGUGCCAUAGUUGUUUCAUUUUAUUUCUUUCUUUGCUGCAUUUUAGCAGUUCUUCUCACAUGAUCAAUCCCUUACUGUGGCAGUUCAUUUCUUUAAUUAAAUCACAGUUGCAGCCAACACACCUUCCUAAUCUACCAAUAUAGUUGGUGGUAUGGUAUGAUGGCAUAUAGUAUGGCUGCGUAAGAUUUUUGUAGAUUCUUUUUAUUUCACCUAAUUGGUUUGUCUCACCCUCUCUGUACAAAUCAAAUAUCCUGCAAAAGGAGACUGAACAUUGGUAAACCAUUUGUUAUUAUGUGACACAGGAUUUAUAAAUACUCUAUAGGGUUCCUGAAUAGAAUUAAGAAAGGUUUCUGAAUGUCUGUGACUGUUGCAUCAUUUUUAUGUGGAUACUUCCAAAAUCCCGUGUACACAGAACAGCUGAAUAGAUCCUUCCAGCGCUUGCAGGAUGGUACUGGAGAACGCAAGAUUUUUAGGUUUGUUGCCUCGUUAAUAUGCCAUAAACGGCGUCUCUGGUUUGGUGGGAGGUGUUUAUUUAUGUAUUUAUUUAUUUGUUGGGGUGCUGUGAAAUAGGCUUGCAUGAAUGUAUAUAGAUCACACUGAUUUUUGUACUGAUACAUUUAAUAAAUAUCAAUUUUAGAAUUUUCA